UUCCUGCUGCCACAUGAGGGCGCUGUGACCCACAAAUGAGCUUCACAGGGUCCUUAAACAACCAAACAAAUCACGUCACAGAAUAAUCAUGUGAGAAUCAUGAAGAGUAUAAGACAAGUUUAUCAAUUAUUGAUCAGACAGUUGAUGUUCGAUCGCUUUAUGAGACAGGCAGAAAGUCUGAUCGUAUUGUGCGUUUAUUUCACACUUUACAUUAUUUACGUGGAUGUCGUACUAUUUGUGAGAAAUACAUUACAAAACACAAAAGAAAAAGUGAAACGAUAUGCCAAUUGAAACUAUUUUAAGUACUUAAGGCAUUCAAUAACUAAACAUUCAUAAACGGGUUUUAUAGUUACGUUGAAAGCCAAAAUACUGCGCAUGCGUACUGCAUUAAGAACUUUGAAUUCAAUUCAAUUGUGUGUAAAACAGUUACACGGAAACAGAACAUAAAAUAUAAGUGUAAAAAUGUUGACGAUAAAUGAAAACGUCAACUGUCUUUUAUUAAAAUUGAAGCAGCUCUACCAAUAAAAAAUUAUUACAUCGAGAUUUGCCCAUGAAAACAAAAAACAGUGCGCCCCUCGCCUGUGAUUGCGUCAUGACGCAGCCUGAGUGCGUGCCCCACGUGCAGAUGUUUACGUCCUCCUCUCCGUGACGUAAGCAGACAGUCUUCGACUAGUCGGAUGAGAAACAUUCGCAAUGUUAAAGAUGCGGAUUAGCGCACAAAACGCGAAACUCGCGUCGGAUGUCACUGCGGCAACGCGGGAGGGAGACGCGCAACGUUCGUUCGGGUAGAAUCGCGUUGUAGUAAAUGAAUGCGGCAGCUUGUAAGACGCGUUGCGGAUUUUUGAAGGAUUUGAGAGACGGACCCCCUUCAGUCGCCGCACGCGUUUGACGCUUGUAAACAGAGACGCGCACGUGACCGCGCACAAAGGCCUCGCGAGCGAGCGGCAAGUGACGCGAGGCACGCAGGUGUAAAUAAGCGAUGCGUCAUUUAACGGACACGUCCAGACACCCGACGAGUUUGAAGGAAAGAAACCCGCGGUUGUUUAACUAUUAACGGUCGAUCCGCGCGUCCGAGUGCGUGCGUCCGUCCGUGAGCGCUCGUUCAUUUAACUGAGCGCCUUUGUUUCUGUUCCGUCCCGGGAGCGACGGGACAUGUCAUUCGCGAUGGAGGACACUUUAGAGUCCGGCUGGGUUUCGGUUCGGCCGAAUGUUUUCGAGGAGAAAGAGAAGCACAAGUUCGUCUUCAUCGUCGCAUGGAACGAGAUCGAGGGAAAGUUCGCGGUCACGUGCCACAACCGAACCGUCCAGAAACGGACCGCCGUGCGGUACUCGCUGCUCGAGACGGCCGAGGGCGACGUGACGGAAGACAAACAGCGGGUGGGUUCGCCGAAGAGUCCCAGCAGAGACAGGCCUCCUCAGAAGAGCCCGGCCCGAGAGAGGACUGACGUAACGGUAUCCGGUUUGGGAAAAGACGCCAAGUCGAGCCAAAGUCCGAGCAAAGCGGCCGGGACCUCCAAAAGCGGUGACGUGGAGCUGCUGGACCCGCUGCCCGGCGCGGCGGACGAAUCUCCAGAGGUCCUGUACGAUCAGGACCAGAACUUCCGAGAGGACUCGAGCUGGGCCGGACUCUUCUCGUUCCAGGACAUGCGCGCCGUGCACGUGCAGCUGUGCGCCGUCACGUCGGACCUGGAGCCGUGUCUGCCCGCCUUCCCCGAGGAGCAGGCGGCCGUGUGGUCGGUUCUGUUCGGGGUUCCGAAGAUGAGCGCGCGCGACAUGGAGGCGCUCUGCUUCCAGCUGCAGGUGUAUCUGGGUCACGCGCUGGACACGUGCGGAUGGAGGAUCCUGUCUCAGGUUCUGUUUCCGGACAGCGACGAUUCUGAGGAGUACUACGAGAGUCUGAGUGAACUGAGACAGAAGGGCUUCGAGGACGCGCUUCAGAGGUCCAAAAAACACCUGCACGAGCUGUUGGAGAGGCAGCGUGGAGUGGACAGUAUGGUGGAUCUUCUGCAGUUGUACUCUGAGCAGGAUGAAGCUUACGGUGAUCUGGUGGAGGCCACAACUGAACUCUACCAUUACCUGCUGCAACCCUUCAGAGACAUGAGAGAACUCGCCAUGCUGCGCAGACAACAGAUCAAGAUCUCUCUGGAGACGGAGCGUCUGGGUCCGCGGCGUGUGGAUUCCCUGAGGAGAGAGGAUGAGGACUGGCAGAGGAAAGCUCAUGCAGCCGUUCUGUCCAUACAGGAUCUGACCGUCAAAUACUUUGAGACCACCGCAAGAUCACAGAAGGUGAUGUACGAGCGCAUGCGUGCUGACCAGAGGAAGUUCGGGAAAGCUGCAUGGGGCGCAGCAGUGGAGCGCAUGGAGAAACUACAGUACGCCGUCUCCAAGGAAACACUGCAACUAAUGCGUGCCAAAGAGAUCUGCUUAGAACAGAGAAAACACAGACUCAGAGAGGAGAUGCAGGGGCUGCAGGGCGGUGAGGAUGCUGUGCUGCAUCUGGAUCAGUUGGAGUCGCUGUACUAUGAGCUUCAGUUGCAGCUCUAUGAGAUUCAGUUUGAGAUCCUCAAGUAUGAAGAGCUGCUGUUGACUGCGCAGCUGCAGAGUCUGCGCAGACAGAUGAGCGAGAGACAGGAGGAGGUGGUUUACUACGACACCUACGAGAGCCCGGACGCCAUGAGAGCCACGGACGACCCCGCCACCCCUCUGACCCCUCCCACUGAUGAUGUCAAUAAGUUACAGCAGAGGACGCGUCAGCUGGAGGCCAGAAGAGGCCGCAUCACUGCCAAGAAAGCCUACCUCAAAAACAAGAAGGAGAUCUGCAUCAUCAAUCACACUCAGAAACGACAGCAACAUCAGAGCGGCCCGGAGGCUAUUUCCCAGCAGGCUUUGCAGCAGGAUGAAGAGGAGGCAGAGGAGCAGAGGAUCGCCAGAGUCGGUCAGGACAGACAGAGAACUCUGGAUCGUCUGCGCACAUUUAAACAGCGCUACCCGGGUCAGGUGACACUCAAGUCCACACGUAUGCGACUGGCAUAUUCCAGGAAGAAAAGUGUUCAGCCCGCAGCAACAGCCGAGCAGCCGCAGACACAGGCCGCCAGCGUGCAGACGGAUGACACCCCUGCUGCUCUCCAGCAUUCCUCAGGAGUCCCGGAGCUCUGCAGACCCGACGCUUUCCUCUCUCUGCCUCCGACGGGCAUCGAGCUCCUUCCUCCCGCAGCCGCACACGGGUCACUGCCUCCUGCCAGAGAACUGCUGCUGUUUGACUCAUCCACAUCACCCAUCUCUCCUCCUCCGCCCCCACCUCCUCCUCCACCACCACCACCACCUCCUCCGGCCCCCUCUCUGGAAGACACGCCUGCGGAGGGCCAGGGUCCGGCGGGUAGCCCGGUGCGGCAGCACAAAUCGGAGAGCCCCCUCGCCCCGUUCUCUGCCCGCUUCUUCGACAGCAGUCAGCUGGAGACCGCCCGGAAGAGGCUGAAGAAGACGGCGUCCCUGGAGUCUAACCAGUGGAGGAGAGCCAGUUCUCCCAUGGAUGAAGUUCUGGCCAGUCUGAAGCGCGGUAGCUUUCACCUGCGGAAGGCCGAGCUACGCGUCCUGGCUCCGGAUCCGGAUGAGGAUGAUGGGAAUAAUAUCCUGGCACAGAUUCGCAAGGGUGUGAAGCUGCGUAGAGUCCAAGGACAAGAGCGUAGUUCGAAGGGCAGGGAGCCGUCUGACUCCCUGACGCGCAGCAUCCACGAGGCACUGAGGCGCAUUAAAGAGGCAUCGCCAGAGUCCGACUCUGACGAGGAGACGCUGCCGUCCAGUGAGUGGGAGAGCUGAACCUCUGCUCGAGAGUGUGUGUGUGACACAAACACACACACCACAGCCUCCACUCGAUCGCCCCCUCUCUCACUGACUCACUUUGUUAUUUUAACGUAUUAUCCAUGAAUUCCAUUAACGUGUGGAGGAGGAGAUUUGAGCUUUGUUGAAGGCUGUUUUACUGUAGUAAAGCUGUUAAAUGGUUUGAUGAUAUCUCAAAUGAAAUGAAGCGGUUUCAGAGCUGUUGUGAUUGUUUCAGCUCUCUGUGCUCAAACGUGUUUUAAUUGUGGUGAAACAAAUCUCACUGGUGCUGAGAACAGGCAUCAUGUUGAGGAGAAACAUCAUCCCUUUACCUUCUGCUCACCUCCAAUCAUACCACUGUUUCCCUUUAUUGUCCUGAUUUUUAAGUAGAAUCCGCUUCUACCUUCAUUUAUCGUCAGCGUCUGAAUUAAUUCAUGUUAUUCGUCAUGUUCAUGAAUCAGUAGAGGCCUGAUCUUCUCCUGAGGGUUCCUCUGCAUCUGAUUGGUCGGUCAGUCGGUCAUGUGCUGUUUACACUUGCCGUAUGAAGACUGCGGGUGUGUACACUUGAAGAAAAAAAAACAUUCCAACUACUUCAAAAACUGAAUCGUGACACAUUGUUUACCCAUAAUGCUUUUCAGCACGGCUGUACUGUGGUAUGUCAGUGGAGGUCAGUUUCAAUCCUAAAGAUACGUGACACAGCGGUUUAUUUUCACAUGUUUGUCCAUCACGUUUCACGUGUUCUAUAUUUAGUUUUUUAUGUUAAUUACUUUGUCGUAUAAAACUCUUCUGUAUGUUCUAUGCAUUCUUAUGUCAAUUUAAUUUUAUUUGUUGCUGUGUUGAAACAACACUACAGUCAUGAGCGAUUAAAACUGUCAUCACCGGAACAUGUGACUGCCAGUCACCAGACACGUGCAAUAUUAAAUUAGAAACUGAAUAGUGAUAUAUUUCACGUGUAUGAUAUUGUAAUAGAAAGCAAAUCCAUCUGCAUGUUUGCCUAAAGGACACAUGUAUUCAUUGAGUUCAACUGAAUAUUUGAAAAUGUAAAGCAAUAUCAGAAAAAUGUAAAAUUACUUUUUUUAAACUCCAAGUUCGCUUUUUCUCUGCUUUUCCAGUCACUGUACUCUUAAUAAAUAUUUUCAAUUUGCCUUUUGCCCCUUACGUAAAUAAAGUAUUUAAAACAAA